UAUUCACUGUGGCUUUCUCUCUCUAUAGUAGUCUCUCCCUCUCCAACCAAAAUACGAGAGAACCAAUCGUCUUUUAAUUUUUUUUCUCUAGAGCCUCAUUUUUGCUUCAUUGACCUCUCUUUUUUUUGAAAAUCCAAAAACUCAUCCAUUUCUCUCUCUCUCUCUACAUUACCCGAAUCUAUCUCUCUAUCUCUUUGGAUACCCUCUUCCACUAAUCGUUGCCAGUUUAAUCGGAGCUUUAGAUAUCUCAUCAAGGAAGGAGAGGCUUAAGGGGGAUUUCCUUUUUCUUCUUUUUUUGCUUUGCUUGGUUUCAAUCAAUUCGAUCCAUUUUAUUCUUUCCCCCAAUCUUGGAAUCUCCGAUUCGACUACAGCUUCUUCGCCGUCACAUCGAUCGGAGACGUGCUUUUUUUUUCAACGGCCAAUUGGAAAAAAAAAAAAAAAAAUCAAAUUCAUUAAACUUAGAUUAGAUAGAUAGAUUUAGAUAGACCUCAGGUCAAAUCAAAUCCAACUACGACGAGUACUGGCGGCAAGGACGGACUGUGUGUUAGCUGUUUAAAAUCCGAUCGAACGAAGGAACGAUCGAAGUCGGAGAUGUUGGGCGCUGGAUUUCAGUUGACGCGUGGUCGACACGGCGAGGAUCCAUUCUACUGUUCCGCAAAAGCUCGCAGGGCCAAUCAUCAGCGCAUCGACGACGACGUCUCUAAUGUCCCACAAUCUGCUCCUUCCAAGGAUUACCUCAGCGAUUCUAAACAUUUACUCCCGUCCUCCGCUACUUCUUCGUCUUCUCGUAGUAAUCUUCAACGGUUUUUAGACUCCGUCACACCAUCCGUUCCCGCCCAGUAUCUCUCUAAGACAUCGCUACUUGAAAGAAGAGCCGAUGAUGCUGCUGCUGCUGCUGUGCCUUACUUUGUGCUUGGAGAUAUUUGGGAAUCAUUUGCUGAGUGGAGUGCUUACGGCACCGGAGUGCCUCUUGUUUUGAAUAACAACAACAACAAGGAGGAUCGUGUUAUCCAAUACUAUGUCCCUUCUUUGUCAGCCAUUCAAGUCUAUGCUCAUUCUCAUCAUCAUCCCUUUAAUUCCUCUCUUCAACCAAGGCGUCCAGGUGAUAGUAGCGAUAGCGAUUUCCGGGAUUCUAGUAGCGAUGUCAGCAGCGAUAGUGAUUCUGAACGUCUUUCUGCUAGUCUGCACCAUAUCUCAUUGACAGAUCAACUUCACGACGAAGAUUCAUCCAGUGAUGACGGCGAACCUUUAUGCUCUCAGGGUCGUUUGAUGAUCUUUGAGUAUCUUGAAAGAGACCUUCCUUACAUCCGCGAACCUUUGGCUGAUAAGGUUUUUGACCUCGCAGCCCAGUUUCCCGAGCUGAAGACGUUGAAAAGCUGUGACUUACUUCCGUCAAGCUGGUUCUCUGUGGCAUGGUACCCAAUUUACAGAAUACCCACAGGACCAACACUCAAGGACCUGGAUGCUUGUUUCUUGACGUAUCAUUCCCUACACACACCGUCUAGAGGUGAAGAUAGUGCACAACCAAGGGAGAGUGAGAAGAUGUCAUUGCCUGUAUUUGGGCUUGCUUCAUACAAGUUAAGAGGUUCUUUGUGGACGCCCGAUGGGGGUUCAGAGCACCAGCUCGUGAACUCUCUGUUCCAAGCGGCUGACAAGUGGCUGCGUUCUUAUCAUGUCAGCCACCCUGAUUUCCUCUUCUUCUGCCGCCGUUGAGUAGGAUUAUAAAAAGGAAGUUUCGAUAAGAAAAAGUGCGAAAAGAUACGAGCUUGUGAAGCACUUUGAGUGAGUUUUAACAAUAAACUCAAAAACUGUUGAUAUGAGUUUUAAAAGAAGUUGCUUCGUUUUUUUUUUUUUUAAUUUAAAUCUGUAAGUUAUAGAUAAACGAAAUUUGUUUGGUCAGAUCAGAUGAUGUAUGUAAACCCUGGGCUAACCGUUUUGUUGUAUACACCAAUUUCAUUGUUGUCUGCAAUAGAAACUUUUGGAGUACUACAA